ACGUCAACCCCGCGUGUGACGUCACAGCCUUGUCAGCACGUAUCGCGGGCCCGCACGCGCCCAAACUAAACUAUGUAAUCAUCGAAGAAGCUGGCACGCGUUUUUCUUUCACUUGGUUAGAUUAUUAUUGCCGGCCUUGACAUACAUGGUGACAAAUAACGACGAAUCGAAAAGCUAAGUUUUCAGCUUGGUUUGUGUAAGUCAGCGAAAGAAGAAUGGAAGCUGUGAACGCGUUCAACACGGAGUUGUUCUCCAUUAUUGAUGUGACGCCGCCGAUAUCUCGAGCUAAAAUGAUGUCUGUCACCAAGUUGGCAAUCAAAGCCAUCAAGCUCUACAAGCAUGUCGUCCAGAUUGUUGAGAAGUUCAUCAAGAGGUGCAAACCUGAGCUAAAGGUACCUGGCUUGUACGUAGUGGACUCCAUUAUUCGCCAGUCCCGUCAUCAGUUUGGCGUGGAAAAGGAUGUCUUUGGGCCGCGGUUCGUGAAGAACUUCACAGACACUUUCCACAAUCUUUACCAAUGUCCAGAGGAUGAUAAGAACAAAAUUGUCCGGGUGUUGAACCUGUGGCAGAAGAAUGAUGUGUUUGGCAUGGACAUCAUUCAACCUCUGAUGGAUAUGGCAGAUGGAGUCCUGUUACCACCACCUUCAGUCGACGUUCCCACGGAGCCACAACCUCAUCCCAUGGAAGCGGCUCCUGUUGAGCCAACAUCGGAAAUGCCCACUUCCGAUGCCUUGGCCGUGGUGGCCCGGCUGUUCCAGUCCCCGCAUGGUCAAGAGCUCCAGAGGAUGCUUCAGAACUUGCAGCAGGCAGAAAAGACCCACAUGGCCAAUGAUACAAACGAGCCAAGUACGCACCAGGUGAAUGUGGCCCAGCCCAACAUGCUUUGUGCGCGCACAGAAGAAAGGAGCACCCUCGCUGAGAAACUGCUAGACCGGUUUGACUAUGAUGACGAACCUGAAGAAGUAGCAACAGAGGACACAGAAAGGUCUUUAGGCAUCCCUGAACUGAUGCACAACAUGGAGACAAUUCCGCCAAUUCCAAAGGAACAGAAUGCAAGCACCCUUGAGUAUGGUGGAGUGUUGAGUCAUGCAGAGCAUCACAUGCUGCCAGACGGAUUCCAUUCCACAAAUGACGUGCAGAACUCCAAAUCACAAGGAGCUUUAAGGGAGGAUCCAUCCGUACAUAGCGAAGCGGGACAUGGAGCUUAUGGCAAGAGAAGAUCUGGUUCCAAAUCUCCAAGGAGAAGACGGUCACGCUCGUCAUCACGCACAAGAAGGCCCAGGCACAGGGGCUCCAGAUCGCACUCGAGAGAGAGCCGGUGGCGCUCUCGUUCGCAGGACAGAAAUGAGCGAGAGCGGGAGCGAGAGCGGCGGCAGAAGGGUCUCCCAAGCUUCAAGAGCAAAAUGCUCAGUGUGUGCAGCACAACGCUGUGGGUUGGUCAGCUGGACAAGAAAACCCAGCAAUCGGAUGUCGUGUCCCUCCUAGAGGAGUUUGGCCAGAUUGAGUCCAUCAACAUGAUUCCCCCGAGAGGUUGUGCCUACAUUGUGAUGGUCCACAGGCUCGACGCCUACACUGCCUUGAACAAGCUGAGUCGCGGUUUGUACAAAGUCAAUGGGAAGCCUGUGAAGAUUGCAUGGGCUUUGAACAGAGGCAUAAAGGUAACACACAAAAAGUUCUGGGACGUUGACCAAGGAGUGACCUACAUCCCCUGGAGCAAAGUGAGAGCCGAGGACCUGGACAGCUACCGAGAGGGUGGAAUGCUGGACCCGGACACGCUAACCGAAGAGUGGAAAAACAUUUUGGACCUCAACAAGCAGCAAGCGGCAGCGCCAUUGAAUGGCCUGUUGGAAAGCACGCCGGCAAGUGGGAACGUCGAGGCUCAGAUUCAGGUUCCAGCCGUCCAACAGGUGGCGUCCAUCGGAAGCCCACCGGUGUUCCUACCCCCUGUCAUGCUGUCUCCUGUGUCCAUGCCUCCAUCGGUGGGAUCUAUGCCGAUCCCACUGCAGAUUCAGCCUGAAGCCACUUCAGCAGGUGUCAAAUAUCCAACAGAGAUGAUGGUCGACCGCGAAGGAGACAAACCCUCGGACCUCCAGCUAGGUUCCCCUACGGGCCCCGCCAUCAACCCGCAGACCCCCCCGCCGGGUCUCCCGCCGAUGCGUCCUCCUCCUCCUCAUCAUCAUCAUCAUCCUCCUCCUCACGUGCCGCCCUUCCUCUCGCCCCCCAAUGCGCCCCACCCCAUGAUGCCCGGAGGACCCGUGUUCUCCCAGGACAGGUUCCGCAUGAGCUUGCCGUUCCCCCCUCGCAGCCCCGUGGUCCACCGACCCCCCUUUUUGCGACCGGACGGCAUGAUGGCGGGUCGGGCGGGGCCGCCUUUCAGAGGGAGGCCGGGCUUCAGGGGCCCGCCCCGAUUCCCCAGAGGAGGCUGGUGAUAAACACCGUUGUUGUUGUCCUAUCAAAAAGAACAAAGGGGUUGGGGGGUUAGAUCUGGCUGUAAAUACUGUACAUAGUUGCCGUCCAUCAUCUUUUUGUAUAUUUGAAUGAAAAUGAAUUUGGUAAUGCUCACGUCUAGAAGAAGCCCCAAAGUGUUUUGUUUUGUCGACUCUGCUUCUUCACCUUUUGAGGCAAAAAGAAAAAAAAAAUCUGUUCUGUUUUUGUGUCACCCUCUACCGGCACAACAACUCCCGUGUGUCGGAUAGCAUCAUAAUGUGGUGUUAUUAAAAAGAAUACAAUAGUU